AUGGGACCGAUUGAGAUGAACGUAAAUAAAGUCAACGCGCAUCAUAACCAUUGGGAAGAUGACGAGACCGAUUCGGACUUUGAUCCAUCACUGGAAGGAAUAAAUCUGACGGGAAAAGACGACGUGCUUGUUGUUGGGAUUGACUUCGGAACCACGUUUUCCGGCGUCGCAUACGCAACAGCGAGUGAGUUUCUCAAAGGAAACAUCAGCACCAUUGGCGAAUGGCCAGGCUGCGGUGCAGAUGAAGGCAAAGUACCGACGGAGCUGGAUUAUGAUAAUGGGACCACCUCUUGGGGCUAUGAUAUACAUUCAGAUGCCGACCCAGCCCGCUGGUUCAAGCUUCUUCUUUUGAACAACGAAGAUCUCCAGGAAGAUGUCAAAUCCUCCGAAUUUUUCCUUCUUGCCAAGGAAAAGGUCAGAAUGGAGGGCUUGCGGCCGAUCGAUCUAGUAGCCGAUUACCUACGGCUCCUAUGGGCGCAUACCAUGAAGAUGAUCGAAAAGUCCCGGGGAGCCCAAUUCCUGCCUGCUCUCAGAUUUCAUAUUGUGAUUUCUGUGCCCGCAAUCUGGAAAGGAUACGCGAGACAAAGUAUGGAGGAGGCAGCGAAAAUGGCAGGGCUUUUGGCUCCUCGAGAAAUCGGUAAGACAAGGCUAAGCUUUGUUCUGGAACCCGAAGCGGCUGGAAUGGCGACCCUUGCUGAGCCAGAGCACUGCGAUUUGGUCCAAGCUGGCGAUGUGUGGCUCAUCUUGGAUGCUGGAGGUGGAACGGUGGAUCUCAUCAGCUACAAAAUCACAUCGAUAAACCCUAUCACGAUGGGUGAGGCCGUGGAGGGGACAGGGGCUUUAUGCGGUGCAGUAUUAAUUGAUAACGCCUUCCAGGGGCUGUGUAGGAACCGCCUAGGCAGACGUUGGACGCUUCUCAGUCCGAUUGGCUUGAAAGAGAUUAUGAAGGACAAGUGGGAGCGAACAUACAAGCGCCAAUUCGUUCCAAAGCCAGACUCGCAAGAGGAAUACGUCGUUCCCAUCCCCGCCGAGGCUUUUGUGAACACCGGGCAAGACGAUUUGUCCCAGCUUCCUCAUAUCAAGAAGGCACGAAUAUACUUUCGACAAUGCGAUAUCUUGAAGGCCUUCACGGAGUCAUUUACCCGAAUUGACGAAUUGGUGGAGGAGCAAAUGAUGAAUAUUAAACAGAAGGGUCUCAUACUCAAGGGAAUCAUUCUCGUUGGUGGUCUGGGAUCGAGUCCUUAUCUGUAUCAGCAUCUGAAAGACCAACAUAUGAAGGCCGGACUAACGAUCAUCCAAUCCUUGGGAACGAAACCACGGACAGCAAUAUGUCGUGGUGCAGUCUACAAGGGGUUUGCUGAAGACCAACUUAUGGGCACAGAGGGCGAGGAUGACGACGAGGACUCAAUAGGCAUGAAAACUUCCUACGUCCCUGCGCCCAUUCGGGUGACUUCGACUAUUUCUCGCUACAGUAUCGGAACGACACACUACGAUGUAUUCGAUCCCUCCAGACAUAGUCGCUCUGAUCCAGACUACGUCUGGUCUGCUGAUGAAGGCGAUUAUGUGAUUACUAAUCAAAUGCGCUGGUAUAUUCGCAAGGGAGAAAACAUGUCCAAACUCGACCCCGUGCGACAUCCAUGGUGUCGUUACGUGAAAAGCAACUUCAAGGGGAGUUUUACCGAUGGGCUUUAUCAGUGUGCGAGCAGUAACCCUCCCUCCCGAAUCGAUGAUACCGUUAAGCACUUGUGUGGUCUCAAGUGGAUGCCUGAUGUUGAUACAUCCAGCCUGGACGAUUUUACCAGCGCAGAUGGAAAGAGAGAACUCAAGGUGCUUAAUUACGAGCUAGAGAUGGUCCCUUCCGGCGCUUCUAUGGACUUCACUUUCUACAUCAACGAUCGCAAGCAGGCGUCCCACAGCGUCAAGGCUGAAUAUGAAUAG